GGGAAAAAUCAUGCCCUUUGAGAGUUGAUUUCAAAGAACGCUGAUGCGACUUUCUCUUUGACCUAUAUGACCACUCACUCUGCUUUACUGGGCCAUCAGUCCUCUGACGAUGAAUAUACACUGGAUCCAGUGAAUGUGCCACGCCGUUCAAGGCUCAAAGCUCAAUUUAUGCGCCCUUCGUCCUCCAGACCCACUUAUCAACCGCUCCCCUCGGACCAUUUCGAGAACGAUGAGCACGAAGCAUCUGACACUUCCGACUUGGAAGCCCCGCCUUCGCUCAUUGUGGAACAGCCAGCGCCAACCUCUGGUGCAACGACGGGGUCGAAUACGGCUCCUUUGAACCGGUUUAAACGGAAUUUACUCCAUGCACGAACGGACGCUGAACCAUCCACCAGAGAUCACCUUUCCACAUACGAUCGGACCAUGUGGCGUUGGACCAAUGUUCAAAACAUGGAUAAUUUCUUUCAGCGAGUGUAUGCAUAUUAUCAGGGCAAGGGUGUCUAUUGUAUACUAUUUUCCCGAUUACUUAACUUAUUAACUCUCGCUUUUGUCAUCGUCUUUUCCACGUUUCUUAUCGGUUGCGUGAAUUAUUCCGAGAUUCCUCGUCAUAAUUCCAUGUCAGAAGUGGUUGUACCACAAUGCUUCACCAAGUUGUCAUUUUCAAAAUCCAUGUUUUUAUUUAUAUUUUCAUUAUGGUGGAUAUGGCAAGCGAUUCGUUUUGUCAGAGAUAUUCCAGCGUUGAAGGAAAUGCACAACUUUUAUCAUCAUCUUUUACAUAUUCCUGAUGAAGAUAUGCAAACGGUGGCCUGGCAAACAGUGCUGGAACGCAUCAUUGAUAUUCGUGAAACGAAUCCCAAUACGUCCGAAGCAUCACCGAUUCGAUUGAACGAGCACGAUGUAGCCAAUCGCAUCAUGCGCAAGGACAACUAUUUAAUCGCUCUUUUCAACAAGGAUAUCCUCAAUAUCACCAUUCCGUUACCCUAUUUAAGGCAUAAGCACGUCUUCACCAGAGAUUUAGAGUGGAAUCUGUCAUUUUGCGUUCUCAGUUACGUAUUCAAUGACCAGGGUCAGAUCCGCAAACGAUUCCUCAAAGAACGAAACAAACCGUUACUCGUCGCAGGACUUCGACGUCGUUUUAUUUUUAUGGGGUUAUUAAAUCUUAUCUUCGCACCGUUCAUUCUUGGGUAUCUGCUUAUCUUCUUCUUUUUCCGGUAUUUCGAGGAAUAUCACAAGAACCCCAGUGAAAUCGGUUCGCGAGGUUAUUCGCCUUUUGCAAAAUGGAAAUUUCGCGAAUUCAAUGAAUUACCCCACUUUUUUCGCGCGCGGCUCAGCUUAAGCUAUGGUUCCGCCAACCAAUAUAUCAACCAGUUUCCCAAAGAGAAAGCGGCGCUGGCAGCUCGAUUCGUCGCCUUUGUUUCUGGAUCGUUUGCGGGCGUAUUAGCGUUGUUGUCGCUUUAUGAUUCGGAGGCGCUAUUGAAUUUUGAAAUCACGCCCAAUGGAACGGUUUUGUUUUAUCUGGGGAUCUUUGGCACGGUGUUCGCCGUCAGCCGCGGAAUGAUUCCCGACGAGCAUUUGGUUUUCGAACCCGAACGGUUACUGAAAGAAGUCGUGGAAAACACUCAUUACAUGCCACAGGAAUGGCGCGGCAAAUUACAUACAGAUGAAGUGCGUGCUCAGUUUUGUCAGUUAUUUGAUUAUCGUGUGUCGUUGUUCUUGCAAGAGCUCCUGAGUGUGAUAUUUACACCGGUGGUGCUUUGGUUCUCGCUUCCUCGAUGCGCAGAACAGAUUGUUGAUUUCUUCCGCGAGUUCACCGUGCAUGUGGAUGGUCUAGGCUACGUGUGUAGCUUUGCUCAAUUCGAUUUUGCUCGUCACGGAAAUAUCAAGUAUGGCGCUCCCACUGAAGUCGAAGACGAAUACUACAUGACCAAAGAAGGCAAAAUGGAGAAGAGUUUUCUGAAUUUCAAGGUGAAUAACCCUGGAUGGGAGCCCAACGACAUUGCAGGAUCAAUGUAUCUGUCACGACUAGCGCACUUCCAACAACAGAAACUGCCGCAUACCUCAGACACAAAAGACGAGCCUUCCGGAGAAAGCAGGGAAGCUUCGCCGGAACCUGCGGAUGUUCUUCAUACGCCGACAUUCCAACGACAUCAUUUUGUUCCGCAACCAAUGCAACCCUCCAACAUAGAAUACUCCGAUCCUGGUACACCUAGUCAUCCCGUAGAAGACCGUCAUGUUCCCAGUAACUUAGGUGACUCAUUUGCUCAUCCCCCGGAAAACCGGAAUAUCCACUAUACUUGGCAACCUCACGAAGAAGAAGAAGAGGAAGAAGGCGAAGGAGCGGAUCAAAUCCCACGACAAGCGCACCCUCCUGUGCCUGGCAUGUUGGGUUUACUCAACGAGUUCUAUGACCUUAAUAAUAACCCCGGCCGAUGGUAAUAAAAACAAUGGAAGGGCCUGACGAUCGGAACUUGGAGUGAGGAUUGAAAAUCUUUCAUUUUGACCCGCGGCCUUCUGUUCCUUCUUUUUUUUUACUAUCACCAAUCAUCCACAAUAAAAUAUCCAUGAUUCGUAAGAAAAGAAUGCAAAAA